CCGAUUCGCAAGAGGAAAUCGAAUUCGAAAAUUUGGCCAUGGAUUCCAAAAAGAAGGAAGUUUUGCCACUAACGGAUCCCUCCAAAAUCGAACGCCGACGUGAAACCGCCGUUGUCUCAGCCUUCCCCAGCAAAGGAGCGCACGCUGCUCUUGGCUACAUGUGCAGUGCAGUUCUCUUGGUUCUGUUCAACAAAGCAGCCCUUUCUUCUUACAGCUUUCCAUAUGUAAACGUAAUAACACUUUUUCAGAUGUCAUGUUCGUGUGCAUUUCUCUAUGCCAUGAAGCGCUGGAAGAUCAUCUCUUUCACAGAGGGGGAGCCACAGAGCAUUACUGGUAACCCGAUAACCUUAAUACCAUUGAAGACACUGAUUCAUACGCUCCCUCUGGCAGUUUCAUAUUUGCUAUACAUGUUAAUCACCAUGGAAUCUGUUCGUGGCAUAAAUGUUCCUAUGUACACCACCUUAAGGCGGACUACUGUGGCUUUUACCAUGAUUGUGGAGUAUCUUUUAACAGGGCGGAAACACUCAUCAUAUGUCGUUGGCAGUGUGGGGAUUAUUAUACUUGGGGCAUUUGUUGCUGGAGCUCGCGACUUGUCAUUUGAUGCCUAUAGCUAUUCCAUUGUUUUUAUAGCAAACAUCUGCUCAGCAAUAUAUCUUGCUUCCAUUGCUCGCAUUGGUAAAUCCAGUGGCCUUAAUAGCUUUGGCCUUAUGUGGUGCAAUGGAAUAAUUUGUGCACCAAUCUUGUUAUUUUGGACAUCAUUCAAAGGUGACCUUGAUGCGAUGAUGAGCUUCCCUUAUCUUCAUUCUAGAGGGUUCCAGGUUGUGAUGCUUCUCUCUUGUAUCAUGGCUUUCCUGAUAAAUUAUUAUGUAUUCUUGAAUACAACACUUAAUUCAGCUCUGACGCAGACAAUAUGUGGCAAUUUGAAGGAUCUUUUUACCAUUGGACUGGGAUGGCUACUGUUUGGUGGGCUUCCAUUUGAUUUGAUGAAUGUUGUUGGCCAAUCUCUUGGGUUUUCGGGAUCAUGUUUUUAUGCGUACUGUAAACUCAAAGGAAAAUAAACACAUGGCCGCUGCUCGAGAGCCUCAUACUGGAGGUAAAUAAUCUAAUGGCCAAAUACUGCUACCUUAUCUUCUCCAAAAUUUUGAUUCAAAGAUCAAUACUCUAGAGCAAACAUGAAUGUCUGUUUCCACAGUCAAAGUUCCUGCACGAAGAGGCAAGCAUUUAGGUGUACAAGAGGAACGGGUGCUCUUGUACUCUUCAAUGUCAUCAACAGGAAAUUGGUGGAUUCUAAAGACUAUUGAUUUCUCCUUCUAGCUGAUCGUAGAAUGACAAAUAUUAACCAUUCUAAAAGAAAAUUUGAAGUUGCCAAAAUUUGAUUUCACCAAAUUUCAGAAUUUAGUUCCCCUUUUUUGGACCUUGGUAUCAUUUAGGUGGAUGUUUUCACAGUUUUCUAUCCACCAAACAACCUUCGUCCUAUCAUAUUUUUGCCUCAACUUUUUGCUGUGGAUACUUGGUAGCUUUGGCUGGUUAUCAAUGAUUAUUCAAAUAGCAAUUAUAUUCCUUUGUGCAACAAUAUUGCUCCAUUUUGACACGGAGGUCACAGGUUCAAGUCAUGGUAAACAGCUUCUUUGCACAACAAGGUGCGUAUAUCUGACCCUUCCCAGUUCCCAAACCCCACAAUGGAAGAGCCUCGUGCAUUGUGAUGCCCUUUAGCUUACAUCUCUCUCUGGAGACUAAUACUUAACACUCCCGCUGGCCUGGCCAUACAUGGCAGUUGCUUGAUUUCGAUUCUUCUACUACACAAAUCUGAUAAGUGAAUUAUAUAAUCUGAAUACUUAACUGACUGCAAAGCGAUGGUCGAUGGUAGAACCAAGAAUGGUCUAAACAAAAUAAGAAUACAGGCAUAUAGAUAUAACGUUCUAGGGACAAUACCUAAUGGCUGAUUAUUUCCUUGGUUAUUCGUUUGCAAGACUACUUGGGAUUAACGGUAAGCGAUCUUAAAUUUCUUUUCAUGUUUUGCAAGUGACCAGCUUUCUUGUACUACAAGAACUCAUUGUUUCAGUUCAAAGCAGAAUAUCGCUACCAUUGCUCUGACACUCGAAACAUUAUUAUAAUGUGUGGACAAUUCAUGAACUAAUUUCAUUUUUUUUCUUCGUUUCUAUGGUGUGCCCCACUGACUCGGGACAGUUCAGGUGUCCCUUAAGUACCCAAAAAAGUGAAAUUGUGUCCAUUUAUGCCUGAAUCUUUUACAAAAGCAAACGGCUUCUGCUAUCCACUUAUUACGGAGCAAAUAUAUAUUCUUUUGGGGGGUGGGGGGAGAUUCUAGGAGGUAACUCCUGCUCUCCCAUGUGUGGUGUGGACAGAAAAAUCUAAAUUCUAAUAGUACAAGCGUAUAUAAUACGAGAGAGAGAUGGUUAGCAAACUCAAGUUCAUGAAGAGGGGAGUGUCUGUAUUUCUUGUCUCCACAAGCUGACAACAGAGUUUGACCUAGUUGCCUUGCAAGAUUGAAACAAACCCCUUGCCCACAUUUUGCGAAAGCUUAAAUCUUGCUUCUAUGUUCUCUAAUGCACUUUCUUGACCCUUCCUACCAGUGAUCCGGAACAGGUCAACAACUUCCUUUGUUGACUAUGGUCACAAUGCCAUUGAUCUUGAUGUUUAAGUCCGAUCAAAAGUUUUAGUCAAAGAAAGUUCCUUUUUAUUUCUUUAUU